AUGGCGGAUACCCCCGAUGGUGUCGGUUUGAACGGCGCUGGUGCUGACAUCGGCGUCGGUACGGACGUUGGCAUCGGUGCUGACGUUGGCGUCGGCGAGUAUCCCGGUGGUGUCGUGUAUCCGGGCACCGUCGAUGUGACUGGCAACCCUACAGUCGGCGCUCAUGAUGUCAACGUGAAGACCGGCGGGGGCAACGGCGGCUCGAGCGAGACUGUGACUGUGACGAACGGCGAUGGCACCAGUACCGGAACGGCCUCCACUAGCACGGGUGCAGGUGGCGCAUCGACGAGUGCUUCUGCGAGCGCUUCUGCAACUGCCACUGCCAGUGCAACUGCUGGGGCGAAGACCGGGACAAGCGACACUUCUCAGAACGUGUACCGCAAGCUUCGCUUGGAGAAGUGA